AUGGCUCAGUCACGGUACUUGUUUGCGAUAUCAUGCUUUCAUAUGGAUCUUCUUACUGAAGCUGAAGCAGCAUUAUGUCCUAUCAACGACCCUAGUGCAGAGGUUCCAAAUGGUGCAGCUGGUCAUUAUCUAUUAGGGCUCAUUUACAGGUUGCUGAACUGUCUUCAUAUCAAUGUUGACUGCCCCUCCGCCCCAAUAUAUAUGCCUGACAGAAGGAAAAGUGCCAUACAACAUUUCAAGCAGGCACUGUCAAUGGAUCCUCUAAUGUGGGUUGCAUAUGAGGAGUUGUGUAUAUUAGGUGCUGCUGAAGAAGCAAGUAUAGUUUUUGGUGAAGCAGCUGCUUUUUGCAUACAAAAGGAAUACCCGGAUUGUUCAACCUCUCCAAACUCUUAUAUGUCACCUGAAGAUAGCAAUGAAGUUGCUCCCAGAUCUUGUAUUCCGGAAGAAGGGAAUCCAAGGCAACUCAAACAAAUGCAAGGUCUCAAGGAUAUUGCUGCAUAUCAUCAUGGAGCAUCUAUAUUAGGAGGAGCUACUUGUCAAUCUAUUAAUAGUGGUUCAUCUAACAUGUCAUUUUAUAGCACCCCAUCUCCAAUGGUUGCACAGUUGUCAGGGGUUGCUCCACCCCCAUUGUGUAGGAAUGUCAUGCCAAAUUGUCAAAAUCUUACUACACUUAGUGUUGACAGUUCUCCUAAGUCAAUAGUCAAUUCUCCUAUUCAAGCCCCUCGAAGAAAGUUUGUGGGUGAAGGAAAGUUACGAAAGGUUGGUUCUAUACUUCAACCUAUAGUUGCAUCAUUGAUUUCAGGUAGAUUAUUUUCUGAUUCUGGUCCUCGACGUAGUUCAAGGCUCUCUAGUAGUGAAAGUGUAAACGCAAAUGCUAAUUCAGCUGUUGUAUCUGGAAAUGGAAAUAAUAAUUCUUAUAAGGGAGGUUCAAAGCUAAACCAUGUGGCAUUUCGUGCCAUGGCAAUUCGUAAAGGGCAGUCAUGGGCCAACGAAAACAUUGAUGAAGGGAUUCGUAGUGAUGUUCCAGAUUAUUCCUUAAAUAAUACAUCUACAAAUUCUUGUUCAUCUCCUGAUGUUGAAGCCAAAACAUAUGAGCAAGAAGCAGCAACUUUUCAUAUUGGCAGGCAAGUAACAAGUGAUUCUAAGAUCAUCACUGGCGCUUCAGAAAUAUUAACCCUUCUAAGAGUUCUUGGUGAAGGCUAUAGACUUUCCUGUUUAUAUAGGAGCCAGGAUGCGCUGGAUACCUAUCUGAAACUUCCACAGAAGCAUUACAACACUGGUUGGGUUCUUUCUCAGGAUGCGCUGGAUACCUAUCUGAAACUUCCACAGAAGCAUUACAACACUGGUUGGGUUCUUUCUCAGGUUGGAAAAGCAUACUUUGAGCUAGUUGAUUACUUAGAAGCUGAUUGUGCCUUUAGUCUUGCUCGUCAGAUUACACCCUAUAGUUUGGAAGGAAUGGAUAUACACUCAACAGUCCUUUAUCACUUUACAAGGAGAUAUGAAGCUACGGUUACCUGGCUAGGCAAUGAUUUCAACUGCUCGCUUAGCUCCUCAAUCUUGGUAGUGUUACAUUGA